AAAAUGGAUUAGGAAAAUAAUUAUUUUGGCAACGUUGCAAAUUGAAUAUUAACCAUAAAUAUAUAGGUUAUAAACAUCUAAGAAAGAAACAUAACAUAGAAAACCCGGUGACAAACAUUUAGUUAAAUUUGCAUCAAUGGCACUAAACGUUGUGCCUAUCUUACCAGAUAUUGGGGAAGAAUUACGAAAUUAUAUUGUAUGUCCAGAUAAUUUACCAAUUCACCAAUAUGAAAAUAAUCAGGAGUUUUGGCCCAGAACUUCCAAUGUUGAGGAUUUACUGUCCUAUGAAUCAUUUGCUCUAUCUACUACAUUAGAGGUUCGUAGAGAUCUUUUUACUGGCAAAAUUAAUGGUUUAAAAGAAGUUGAGAUACAAAAUGUUGGAGCUUCUGCAAAAAAUUCCAUGUCUUUCAACCGAGCACCUGCUGCUCCUUCUGAUGCAACAAGAGGAAAUGCUUCUUAUGUACCAUUUCUACCUGGCAGUUUCUCUCUCUCUCAAAAAAAUAAAAAUAACGACAUACUUUUAAAUGAAGAAUUGUUGGUUGUACCUCCUGGUUUUGAUAGAGGUUUAGAGUUUAAAUCAGAUGGUUUCACUGUAAUUCAUGAUGGUUCUAUGGAAAUCAACGGAAAAUCGACAUCACAUUUUAUUAAUUUAGCUGAUAUUGCUCAAAAUGAAGAGAAAAAUCUCCAAGAAAUGUGGAAAGAGGCGACAAAAGCAUCCGCAACUGAAGAUGCCAGUUCUAAUUCUAACAUACCAGGGGAAGAUGAUGUCCUUCCCAAGGACACACCUAUAAUCAACAUAAGCUCUAUGCCACCUCUCAACACCCCCAAGAGCACAGAAUGGGCUAUUCUACUUGAUAGCACACAACCAGUGAAAGAUUUUAAAGAAAAAGUUCCUGAUAUGGCAAUAAAAUAUGACUUUGAGUUGGAUCCAUUUCAAAAAUUGGCAAUUUUGCAACUGGAACAGCACAAUCAUGUUUUUGUGGCUGCACACACUUCAGCAGGCAAGACUGUUGUGGCGGAAUAUGCGAUAGCACUGUCACAAAAACACAUGACCCGAAGUAUCUAUACGUCGCCCAUUAAAGCUUUGUCUAAUCAAAAAUAUAGAGAUUUCAAGAAGAAGUUUCACGAUGUUGGUUUAAUAACUGGAGACUUUCAAAUAAAUCCCAGUGCAUGCUGCUUAAUCAUGACCACUGAGAUAUUGAGAACUAUGCUUUAUUCAGGAAGUGAUAUUACAAGAGAUUUAGAAUAUGUUAUUUUUGAUGAGGUUCAUUACAUAAACGACGUAGAACGUGGUCAUGUUUGGGAACAGGUUUUAAUCUUGCUACCAGCUCAUGUGUGUGUUGUACUACUGAGUGCCACUGUUCCAAACCCUAUUGAAUUUGCAGAUUGGUUAGGAAGAACACAUCAGCGACGAGUCUAUGUCGUUUGUACUUAUCAGAGACCAGUACCUCUACAACACUUUCUUUACACUGGAAGGGGAGGUUCUACUAAAGAUAAUAGAUUUAUGCUCUUGGAUGGUAACACAUGGAUCAAAGGAGGGAUGACCAAGGCUAAGGAAGCUUUAGAAGUAUUGCAAAAACCCAAUGCACCAUACAACAUGGGUUCCCAGAUGGAGAAAACAUUGUGGCAUGGUCUUAUUGAUCAUUUGAAUAGAAAUAAACUACUACCCGUUAUUGUUUUUACGUUCUCACGUAAAAAGUGCGAUAUUAACGCUAGUAAUCUGUCAAAAUUAGAUCUAACUGAUAAAUCUGAAAAGGCCCAAAUUAUGAUGUUUUUCAACAAAUCUGUAAAAUGCUUAAAGGAACCUGACAGGGAAAUUCCCCAAAUUUUAAAAAUGAAAGACAUUUUGAUGAGGGGUAUAGGAGUCCAUCAUAGUGGAAUUUUGCCAAUAAUAAAAGAAAUCGUCGAAAUGUUGUUUCAAAAUGGUUUAAUAAAGCUUUUAUUUGCUACAGAAACAUUUGCAAUGGGAGUGAAUAUGCCUGCCAGAACAGUAAUUUUUGACUCUGUUAGGAAACACGAUGGCAAAGAACUCCGUGAUUUAGAACCUGCAGAAUAUAUUCAAAUGGCAGGUAGAGCUGGUAGAAGAGGCUUAGAUAAACAGGGUACAGUUAUACUGUUAUGUAAAACUUUUGUCCCCCAUGAGGACAGUUUAAAAAAAAUGAUGAUAGGCAAACCAAAUUCGUUAGAGAGCAAGUUUAAACUGACAUAUGGAAUGGUAUUGAGUUUGUUGAGAGUUGAAAGUUUGAGUGUUGAAGGAAUGAUGUCUCGUAGUUUUCGUGAAGCAGACCAUCAAAAGAAAAUGGUUGAUAUAAAAAAAGAUUUGGAAAAUGUUGAAAAUCAACUAACCGAACUUUCUAGACAACAGCUCAGUAAUUAUCUACAACCUUUAGUGAAAUUUUAUGAAAAUGCGAGCGAUUAUCUAAAAUUGCGCAAAGAAAUAAUCUCUGAGGUUCUGACUGAUUCGAAAUUACAAAAAGUCAUGACACCAGGCCGCAUUCUUUUAAUUACGUGGAAACAACAUAAGAAUAAGCUUGCCCUUCUCUUAAACACGAUUAAGUCCAAAACUGUAAUGUAUAAGGUUCUUGUGUUGACUGAUGGAAACUCAACAGUAAGUGCUGAUCCUAACAAGGACGACCUUUGGUUUCAUAUGUUGGGGUUGGCUGAUGAGUCGGUAUUUCUACCUAUGGUAUCAGCUAGUCAUGAAGUACUUACCAUUACUCCAUCUGAUGUGUUUGAGAUAUCUGGAAAAACUAUAAAGAUUGAUACUGACAUAGUAUUGAAAGAUUGGGAUAAAAGGCAGAUUCCAAGAUUUAGACACGAUCCCCCUGGACAAACUUGUUUGAAAGCAGUGCAAGAACUGCAGAAAAUCUCUAUGCAAGCUAAUGAGAAAAAAUCUAUGAAUAAUAUGGGGUAUUUGCAUUUCAUUGACGAUUUAAAGGUGAAUAAACAGGAGUUGUUCUACCUUCUGGAAGACAUGUAUCGCAUGAAAAUUGCGAUGUUAGAUAACAUUCAUAGCACACAAAUUCCCAAUUUUGAGCAACAGUUUGCUGCCGUAUUUACAAGGAAAUUCUUGGAAGAAAAAAAGAAAGAUUUAGAAUUUCAUUUAUCUAACGCUAGUCUUAUUCUGUAUCCGGAUUAUCAGAAAAGGAUUGAACUGUUGAGACGAUUUAGAUAUGUAGAUGUAAAUAACAGAGUGCAACUGAAAGGACGUGUAGCAUGUGAAAUGGGAAUGAAUGAAUUGCUAAUCACAGAAAUAGUGCUAAGAAAUAUUUUGACGAGAUUAAAAUCAGCAGAAGUUGCAGCAUUGCUAUCUGCUCUUGUUUUUAAAGUUAAAAUGAGAAAUGACACAUACGAAUAUGAAGAGAAGGACCUUACAGAGAAUUUGAGAAAUGGUAUUGCAGAAGUGAAAAAAAUACAUGAAGAAAUUGGUGCUUUGGAGAUUCAGUUAAAUAUAUCAACUGAAGAGUUCCAAGAAGAUUUAAAUUUUGGCCUUGUAUAUGUUAUUUAUGAGUGGGCUAACUCAAAGCCUUUUGCGGAAAUAAUGAUGUUGACAGAAAUACAGGAAGGAACUAUUGUUAGAUGUAUCCAACAACUAAAUGAAACUAUCUGUGAUAUUAGAGACGCCGCAUACAUUAUAGGAGAUCCUGCAUUGCACACUAAAAUGGAUGAAGCAUCAAUUGCAAUUAAGAGAGAUAUUGUUUUUGCUGCAAGUCUUUACACUCGUGAAGAUGAAAGAAGCAGCGAAAAAAUUAUUUAUUGAAUUUUAUAUUUCUUAUCAGUGUUAAAUUUUUUAAAUAAAUCUUGAAUUUGUA